GCCAGUAACACCGUUUCAAUGGUGAUUUUUACACUCAUUUGGCACUUAGCUAAGGGUGUCCCACAGAUGGCACAAUGAGCUCUCAAAUUUCAUCAGACAAGAUCUUAAUUUGUGUUCCAAAGAUGAACGAAGGUCUUACAGGUUUGGAACGACAUGAGGCAUAAACCAUGUCUUUCACUGGAAAAUCAUACAGUAAAGUCCAAACAGGUACGGCUUCAAGCACCAGUUCCACGAAAGCAGUGGAAGAAAGCAAAAAGAAAGCAUCCCUGCUGAAGGACAAUAGCUGGAUCAGGUCAAAUGUGAAUGAGGACAAGAAAGUUGAAAGCGACACAAACUAUGGCAAAACUGUUCUGGGUCGUUACAAGUCCACCGAAAACCUUGUCAGCCCUCAAGAUAAAACCAGCAAAACCGAGAGCAAAACCACCACUGUCAUCACUUCACCAGGUUCCUCUGUCCAAGCUCUCUCUAAAAGAUUUGGUGGCAGCCAGGACAAGCUGAAUGAAACCAGAACCAUAGGAACUAAAACAACUGUGAAACCGGAGCCCAGGACAAGCACUACUACAAAAAUCAAAGAUGGUGCAAAGAUAACCGAGACAACUGUGACCACUACCAAGCAGGAUGUGGUGAAAUCAUCAACCAAGUCUGGAACAAUCACUGAUAAAGACCUGGUAGAUAUAAAGACCAAGAGUUCAGGUGACUACAAGACUGAGGUCAUUACUGUGAAGUCAUCAAAGGACACUGUUGAUGGACCAACUUCACCUGUCAAGACCACCACAAGCAUCAAAACCUACACCAAGGAGGAUGUUUCACCAACUAAAAAAACAUAUUCUGUCCGAUCCACAAAGAGCACUGAGGAUCAACUGUUUGAUACUCUCAUACCGACGUCAAUCAAGUCAUCAUACACAAAACCUAAGAGCAGUGACUACAAGACUGAGGUGGUUACUGUGAAGUCAUCGAAGGAAAUCGUUGAUGUACCAUCUUCACCUGUCAAGACCACCACAAGCAUUAAAACCUACACCAAGGAGGAUGUUUCACCAACUAAAACAACAUCCUACUCCAACAAGAGUGACUACAAGACUGAGGUGGUUACUGUGAAGUCAUCAAAGGAAAUCAUUGAUGUACCAUCUUCACCUCUCAAGACCACCACAAGCAUUAAAACCUACACCAAGGAGGAUGUUUCACCAACUAAAACAACAUCCUAUUCCAACAAGAGUGACUACAAGACUGAGGUGGUUACUGUGAAGUCAUCAAAGGACAUCACUGAUGCACCAACUUCACCUCUCAAGACCACCACAAGCAUUAAAACCUACACCAAGGAGGAUGUUUCACCAACUAAAACAACAUCCUACUCCAACAAGAGUGACUACAAGACUGAGGUGGUUACUGUGAAGUCAUCAAAGGACAUCAUUGAUGUACCAUCUUCACCUCUCAAGACCACCACAAGCAUUAAAACCUACACCAAGGAGGAUGUUUCACCAACUAAAACAACAUCCUACUCCACAAAGAGUGACUACAAGACUGAGGUGGUUACUGUGAAGUCAUCAAAGGAAAUCAUUGAUGUACCAACUUCACCUGUCAAGACCACCACAAGCAUCAAAACCUACACCAAGGAGGAUGUGUCACCAACUAAAACAACAUCAUAUUCUCUCCGAUCCACAAAGAGCACUGAGGAUCAACUGUAUGAUACUCUCUUGCCAACAUCAAUCACGUCAAGCUACUCAAAACACGACGGCAGUCAUGAGGAUGUAUCGGUCUCCAAAACCAUCAGAACUGUGUAUUCAACAAAUGACAGAAAUGAGUGGAGUACUGUCACAAGUCCUUCUUACACCAGAACAUCAUACACAGAGAGCAGGCCUGUUGAUUACCUGUCAGACUCCCUCACAUCAAAAACCACUACAACUGUGUACACAACACCGGAAAGGACGGUGAGUGCAAAGGAUAUUUGCACAUACUGCCAUAAAAACAUGUACACCGAUGAAAAGAUUGUCCUGGAUGACAUGAAUAUAAACUGUCAUGCACGUUGUUUCAAGUGUGGGGUGUGUAAUUCAUCUCUGGGACACCUGAAAGCCGGUGACAGCUUAUGGGUGUACCGUAGAGAAAUUCACUGUGAGAGCUGCUUUGGUGUCACUAGGGGCAAAUGGAUCAGCUGAAACUACACUUACCAUUCAUGAAGUGAUGUAAUGAAGGAGACGGCAAAUGUACUAGCCUAUACCAAAACUUUCCCAUGGCUCUGAUUUGGACUCGGGUCAUUUGAAGUGCAUAAAAUAGUUUUUGGUGGUGGACUUCUGUCUGAUAAUAGACUUUGGGGUGUUUAUUAAUUGCAUUGAUUGCUGUACUUCCCUAAUGAUGUGACAAGCCUUUCAUCUAAUUACCAAUAUAAGGAGAAUAUUUUAAAAUAAGAAUAAUCAAAUGCUUGUAUGAUGAUAAAUAUUUUGCUUUGUUUUACUUUUUUGUCACUAUUGUUAUAUUAUUAAAGAAUUAUUAUCUAUGAUGAUAAGAAACCA